ACUGGGAGUGGAGAGACAUAGACAUGCCAUCAUCAUUUAAGGGUACUAGUGGCAAAAUUUUCUACACUCUGGAGGCCAAGUUGAGCAGAUCAAUGCGAGCGCCGAGCAAAACCAAGACAAAAUUCACCUUUAUUUCAAAGACUGACCCGCUCAUUCCUGAUCUGAUGGAACCCCAGUUUGGCAUUAAGGAAGAGAAGAUGAAAGUUUUCAAUUCUGGAAAUGUUGCCAUGAACAUCAGAACAGAAAGGAUUGGGUACCUGCAAGGUGAAGGGUUAAAGAUCACUGCCGAAAUAGGCAACAACUCCUCGCGCAACAUCGUGCCCAAGUUUCGUCUCUACCAGAAGCAGAGUUUCUUUGCCAGAGGGAACAGAAGGGUCUACACAAAGAAUGUCUUAAAGGAAGCAGGAGAGACCAUCUCUGCCUCCACACACCAAACGGUCACUAAAGUGCUGACCAUCCCUAACAGUGUGUGUCCCACGAUCCUAAACUGCAAGGUUGUGCAUGUGGAGUACAGGCUAAAGGUCUACCUCGACAUUCCAUUUGCUGCUAAAGACCCAGAGGUUAAGCUACCCGUGGUGAUACUUUCUGCCGAUUCAGAGUUUGGAAAGAUGGUGCCAAUAUGGCCCCCGUCAUAGGAGAGUCCUGAUUCUGUUCACGGAGAGGCCUGUACAAAUGCAUUUCUUCCAACAAAAGCAUGGUUGAGCUUGACUAGAACCUGUUAGGACAGUAGAAUCUUUUAAAGGUACAUGAGGUGUACCUACCUGAUUAUUAAAAAUUAUUAUAUCCAAAAUAUAUGCAUGAUUAUAAUUAUAUACCAAAUAUAUACAUUAGAUAUAUCAGAUACAUUAAACUUUCUCAGAUCAAACCAAGAAGGAUGGAAGUUAGGGGGGUGUGUAGUGUAACUGAAGUAAUUGAAUACUGUAGUCAAAAUAAUUUGAUAGUGAAAAUGGGAAGUGGGCUGCUUCUCAAUGCUAGCCUCAAAUUAAAAAAGAAUUUAAAAUUCACUUAGGUGAUUUGACAAUGUCAAACCUGGGAAAUUGUAUAAUACUGUAAAUAAUUGUGUAAUUAGGCUACAUUUUUUAUAUUGUUUACAAACUGUAGACCUCAUUAUGUUGAUUCUUUUCUAUAUCCAAUUCUUCAGAAUUUAUACAAAAGAAACCUCUAUUAAAAAAUUAUAUAUUUCAGAAUUAAAAAGCAAAUAAAUGCAACUGUAUUAUUAUUAUGUUUUUAAUAUUGUAAGUAUAUUUUUAUUUGGGCACCAAUUCCAGGAGAUCACUAUUUUAUUUUAUCCAAAAUUAUUUUAAUACCCUUUCCAUAUUUUGAAAACAAAUUGCACAAAUAUCAUACCUGUAAAUACAUCGGACCACUGUAUAAACAAUAUUUUAUACAUUAUUUUAUUUUCCUAAAUUCUAAGGAGUUACAAUGUGACCUUGUUAACUUAACUUUUCCAUAUCUAGGGAACUGUAGAGAAUUAGUAUUAGUCUUGUGAUACCAAACUGAAAUGUUUAUUUUUAUAACAUUAUAAAAUUAACAUGUUUGCUAAGGUUGACCAUAUUUAAUGAUGUACUUCACAAAUAAAUAAAAUAUCAAAUGAAAUUUU